AAAUAAUAUUAAAAUAUCCAUAAUGUCUGAAAAAGUCCAAUUGAUCCCAGAAGAAGGUGAGACCAUUGAGGUUGAUGUUGACAUUGCCCAAAUGUCCGUCCUCGUUAAGUCAAUGAUUGAUGAUGCCGGAACUGAAGAAGACAUCCCUCUCCCAAAUGUCAAGAAGGCUACUUUGGAAAAAGUCAUUGAAUUCUGCCAACAUUACAAAGAAGAGCCUCUUCAGGAUAUUGAAAAGCCAUUGAAGACUAACAACAUCAAGGACGUUGUCGCACCAUGGUACGGAGAAUUUGUUAGCAUCGAGAUUGAAGAAUUAUACGAGAUCAUCCUUGCUGCCAACUACUUGGACGUUAAGCCAUUGCUUGAAGUAACCUGCGCAGCUGUAGCAGCAAUGAUGAAGGGAAAGAGCAUCGAAGAAAUCAGAUCCCUCUUCAAUAUUGAGAAUGACUUCACUCCAGAAGAGGAAGAACAGAUCAGAGAAGAGAACAAGUGGGCUGAGGAAGCAAUCUAAGUGUAAUUCUUUUUAAUAUCAGA